UUGAUCGUGGUGAUCGACACAUCCAUCGUUAAUUCUGUGAUAUUUGCACAAAUGUUCUUAACUUACCAGUGAUAAUAUAUCUUGUUACUGUCGGAAAACCUUUCGCGACACUUUCGUCCGCAUAAAAAUGCUUCGAUUUACGCUACUUACGUUGUUCGCCCUCGCCGGCAUUUGCCGUGGGUCAAACUUGGAGACUGUUACCGACGAUGAACUUGUGAAGAAGUUUCACAGCCACAACAACUUCAUUGUGCUCUUUUCCAAACCGAACUGUGGGGAUUGUGAUAAAUAUGAGGAAAUACUGACCAACUUGAAGCAGGAACUGGAAGACAAUUUGGAAGCACAUGCCAUCAAGGCGGUCAGCAGCUCGAUGGUGCGAUUGUACAGCCCAAGCAAGGAACCGGCGGUGGUUUUCUUCCGCCAUGGCGUCCCACUCUUGUACGAUGGGCCGGUAGAGGCAGACGCUCUGAUCGGCAAGUUGGUGCAGAACAAAGACCCCAACGUGAAGGAACUUUCGGACGAAACUUUCGAGCAUCUCACCCAAGCUUCCAGCGGUGCCACAACUGGCGAUUGGUUUCUGAUGUUCUACACUACGAAAUGUGUGGAUUGCCAACGUCUAACGGCGGUCUGGGAAGCGGUGGCAGCGGAUCUGAAAACACGUAUGAACGUGGCCCGUGUCGACAAGGACGGGAAAGGCAGGGAAACGGCUGCACGGUUCCAUGUCAAGAAGGCUCCCGAAUUUAUUUUCCUAAGACAAGGGAAAUACUACCGUUAUGAAAUCACCAAGUACGAUAUCAAAUCGUUUGUAACAUUUGCUCAGGAUUGGUACAAGAACGCCAAGGCUGAGAGGGUACCGGUACCAUUAUCGCCAUUCGAUAACCUUGUGGAAUUGGCGGUACAACAUCUCAAACAGUUGCCUGCCCAUUACACCAGACUGUACAACAACUAUCCAUAUGUAGUAUACGCGUGUGCCGCUGGAUUGCUGUUCAUCGUUGGUGGCUUUGCUCUGGCCAUUAUUCUGGCUAUUAUCACACGUUGCAAAGCUGCAUCGCGAGUGAAGAAAGAGACGAUCAAGAAGGCAAAGUAAAUGUACAAUAUCCUUGCUAAAUACAUUAAUUCAAAUUUCACAAUGAAACAAAUACAUUCA